AUGGCGAGCAUCGGUGUGCCGGACGCCAAGGAGUUGGAAGGACGUAAGGACGGCGAGAACCGUCCGUCCGUCCAGUCCCGCGAUUUCUUCUGGGACUCGGUCACGCUCUUCGUGGUCGGCGCCAUUCUCGCUCUGUCGGCGAUCGACUUUAUCACCGAGUAUGUUCGCGGGUCGGAGGUCCAGUGUUUCUUCAACCGUUCGGCCGUCGCUGACUCCUUCGAGAAUGUGGGCGAGUACGUUAACGAGAGGUGUGCAGCGAGCCUCCCGCCGGCCGAGUAUCUCCCUGCCUUCAUCGCCGUUCACGCCAUCCUGAUCCUGGCUCCGCACUACAUCUGGCUGAAUCUAUUCGGUGCCAAGUUGGAUUCUUUCUUCCACCUGGUGUCUGGGCUAAUUCGGACCCGUGAGCCGAGCACGGGCGACUAUCCAGAGAGCAACUACGUCAUCUCGAAGCAACUGGACGCCUUCUCCAGCGGCACCCACCGCUCCAACUCCAUGUACAGAAUCUAUCUCCUGAAAUUGUUCGUUCAAUUACUGCUAUCACUCGGAGGAUUUGUUGCAGUUUUGUUUUUUGGAGAUUUCAAUGAGACAUUUACUUGUCCAGAGGAUCGGGAGGAAACCCUUGGUGAUGACUGGCCAUUGACUGGCAAGACUGUCACGUGUGUCUUUACAUCUCUCAGACUGUUGCACAAGAUAUGGAUAAUCUACCUCGUCCUACUUUUAACAACCAUCUUAUGCCUUUGCGUUGGGUUCAUUUGGCUUGUAGACAGUCACGCAAAGGAUCUCAGUCUAGACAAGGUUGCCGAAUUCUCGUUCCAGACGUCUCUCCCCUUUCACCACUUCACCCCUCCAAUUGCCUUCGUAAUGAAGCUUGGAGGUCUAUCUCCAACUGCUUAUAGUAUCCUCUCCAUUUUCUUAGCCCCCUCAUUCAAACGUAUUAACUCAUACCACAUUCAGACGGACUAUGAUUUCCUCCUGGUCAAGUUGUUUCGUACUGACGGUGGUCUGGCCCAGGUACUGAGAGAGGUUCACCUACUGAGACUACUGAAGGAACUGAAUAAUGUCGAACUGGCAAGAAUCAGCAGUCACCAAACUGUGAUUGAGUUUGAUGAUGAGAACAAGAAAGUGAUGGUGGACAGAAAGUUCCUGAAUGCUGAUCUUGGUUGGAGGAACUUUGAUCUUGUGGACAAGCACGAUACGGUGGACCAUCAUACACCACUGCUACUACCACCGACUAUACGUGGAGUGGUGUUGGGGCUGUCUGCUCGCUGUGUCGGCAGUGUCAUUGAUCCUCCACCACCUGAUCUUCAGGAGAAGCUACUCUGCGGUGCUCUGUGCAUUGUGUUUGACUCAGAGUCCAUUGGUUUUGCUGGAGCACUGGCCAGAGUUUUUGACAAGGUGGCUGUAAUCAACUUUAGUAAGGCGUACUCCAACUACCACAACCCAGUGAGUGUCAGUGUCAAUAACUCUUCGUUGGUUGUUGGUAUGACCACGCCCCAUGACAUCAUCAUGACAGACCGUGUCAUUGAAACACAAGUG